AUGGGCACGUGCCUCUCCGCGGCCGAUGCAGUGGGCGUUGGCGGCGACAGCGGCCGCAGCAGCAGACCGGUAGCGGCGGCAUCACGUGCCGCAAGCCGAGCGGGAGGACGAGGAGCUGGAGGUGGUUCUUUCUCGAGUGGAAGUGCGGAUAAUGACGACGAGGGGGAGGAGGAAGGCGGCGACGGCGGCCUGGAAUCCCGGGCCGCACGAAGCGUUUUGCUAUCGGGCGUUCAGAGGUGGUGCCUUGACGUCAGCGAGUGGGAGCUUUCUGCCGACCAGUGGGACGGGCUUCUCGGCCUCCUACCCAACACCGAGAGCGCGCGCGUGAGAGCAUUCUUGAGGGAGAACGACCGGAAGCUUGCGCUGGGGAGCCGCCUGCUGCAGCGAGCGGUGGUUUCGAAGGUUUUCGGCCUGGAAUUUCACGAGAUCGACAUCCGGCGUACAUCUGAGAGCAAGCCUUUCUUCGCCGGCGUGGUGAAGGCUAUCAACGAUGGCUCCGUGUCGCCUCUGCUCAAGAACUGGAAUUUCAACGUCUCUCACCACGGGAAGUACGUCGCUAUCGCUUCGGAACCCGCGUGUCUGUGCGGGGUGGACGUCGUGGACACAAACCGGCGAGCAAAUGAACAAGGUCCCGCGGAAGAUUACCUGCAGUACUUCACAGGCCACUUCACGGACGAUGAGUGGACAACCAUCAAAAGUCCGGCCGACGAUAUGAAAAAAUUGCGGCGGUUCUACCUCCACUGGGGGCUAAAGGAGGCCUACGUCAAGGCCAUCGGCCAGGGCCUAGGAUACGACCUGCGGCGAGUCUCCUUCCUGCCGGGUGACUGGGUCGACUGCUGGUUUAGCCUGCAGGAGAAGCAGCGACGGCCGCGAAGGUGUCCUUGCCCACGAUCUCUCGCUGCCCUUGACCCUGCCACCUCUGGCGGACAACAGGUUGGCGGUUGUGGUGCCGUGGACGGCACCGAUAGUGGUGCUGAUGCAGACAGCGGCGAUGACUGCGGCCGCGGCGGCGCCCGUGGCGGCGGCACCGGCGGUAUUGGCGGUGUAGAUCGGUCCUGCGGAGGUGAUAGUAAGGUGCAUAGCGCGGAGGACAAGGGCAUCGAGGCAGAGAAAGUGUGGGCGCACAGGAGAAACAAAGGCGACGUCGUUGGAUGCGAAGGGCAUGCUUCGAGUGGUGCAGAUAGAGGUGCAGCAGAAGGUGGGGGAGGCGGCUUCUGGGGACGGGAGGGCAGCUUGGGGUGCACCUGCGCAGUGGGUGUUGUUACGGUUAAGGUGUUACUGCAGGCUGGAAAUAAAUAA